UCUGCAAAGUUAUAAUGCUUGGAUACUUAUUACUUUGGCGAUGGCGGUGUUCAUGUUAAAUGAUCAAAAAGCUCUUAUUUUUAUGCAAGCGUGGGUCUAAGCUAAAUCUCUUUCCCUUUCUUCUUCACUUCCCUUCUUCUAAAAAGCCACUCCUUUGCUAUCUUUCCCUCUCUCUCCUCUCUGUGCAGCUGAAGAACAGAGAAAAGGGUUUUUGUUAUCUGACUCAAGGACCCAUUUCUGUAAAGCUUCUGGGUUUGUCAAAGCUCUGUUUUCUUUUGGGGGUUCGUACGGAAAAAAGCAUGAUCCUUUCUGUUCCGUUGACUGGUCUCUCCUGAGAUUCCUUAAGUUCGGUCGUGUCUUUUAGUUUCUCAGUACUUGGUUUGUUUUGUACUAUCAAGUCCGAGACUUUUGCUUCUAUUGAUUGAGCUUUGCUCUUGUUCUUACAAGGUGGAGUGUGCCUUCUCUGCAUCUCUAGAGACCAAAGUGGUUGUGUUUGUGUGGGAAGUGUUAUUGGUCUGUAGUGUUAUCAGAAGAGAUGGAUGUAAAUGAGAAAGAAGAGUUUUCAGGAGAGAAGAGGAACACUGGUUACGAUUCAGCUGAUAAUCAUCCAUCAGAUUGGCGAAUCUCUGGUUCUAAUCCCGUUUCUGCGCCGCCCUUUGGCUCAUACUCUACAGAGAAUCUGAUCACAGCGUCUUGUUCUCCAUCUCAGAUGAUGGACUCGUUUGGGCAAACUCUUUGGUAUGAUCCCACUAAUGUUCAAGCUGUGGGUUAUGGCGGUUUCAGUGGUGGUCACCCCUCAUCUUCUUCGUCUUCUUGCCUUAGGGGUAAUAUGGAUAGAUCUCUUGAAAUGGGUUGGAGUAUGCCUAAUCUGUUGCCUUCUAAAGGCAAUGGUCUUUUCUUGCCGAAUGCGAGUAGCUUCCUUCCUCCUAGCAUGGCUCAGUUCCCGGCUGAUUCAGGGUUUAUAGAGCGUGCAGCGAGGUUUUCGCUCUUUAGUGAUAUGGUGAACCAACCACUUGGGAAUCCGGAGUCUGUUGGUUUGUUUCUUCAAGGGCAGUGUCCAAGUAGUGAAGUAAAUGUUGGUGUAGCUACUACAGCAGUGAGAGACCCUAAUGUUAGAUCUAGUGAACUAGUUAGUAAACCAAAUGUAUCUGAAGAUACUCGGUCUAGUGGCCAGAAAGGUGGGGAAACCUCUUCCAAAGACUCAAAGAAGAGGAAAAGAAAUAGACAGAAUUCUGAAGCAGAUCAAUCACAUAAAACUGAGGAAGAAGCAGAGAACAAUGGUGAUAAGAAGGGGAGUGAUGAGCAAAGUCCAAACUCGCCUGGCAACAAAACUAACAGUGGGAAACAACAGGGCAAACAAACGUCUGAUCCCAAAGAUGGGUACAUUCAUGUGCGAGCGCGUAGAGGCCAAGCUACAAAUAGCCAUAGUCUUGCGGAAAGAGUGAGGAGAGAAAAAAUCAGUGAAAGGAUGAAGUUUCUUCAAGAUCUUGUACCUGGUUGCAACAAGGUGACUGGAAAGGCAGUUAUGCUUGACGAAAUUAUAAACUAUGUGCAGUCUCUACAACGCCAAGUUGAGUUUUUAUCGAUGAAGCUUGCAACUGUGAACCCACAAAUGGACUUUAACCUUGAAAGUCUUCUUGCAAAAGAUGUAAGAGAGCUUCAGCUACGAGGUGGUUCUUCAUCUGCAACACCGUUUCCGCAAAACAUGCCGAUGGUUUAUCCUCCUCUACCACAUGGAUUCAUGCAACAGACCCUUUCAAGCAUUGGAAGGAACAUUACCUCUCCGUUGUCUCCCAUGAAUGGUGGAUACAAGCGACAGGAAACAAAUGGAUGGGAAGGUGAUUUGCAAAAUGUGAUACACAUUAACUAUGGAGCUGGUGAUGUCCCAUCUGACCCUGAAGCAGCAGCAACAGCUACUGUUAUUGCAGCAUCUCUUCCAUCUUCAAACAUGAAGGUUGAGCCAUGAGAUUUUCUUCUUGUUAGAUAGAGUAUUAAAUUCUUGUAAUCUUUUUUUUUCUUAAUUACUUUGUUUUCUGUAUUAUAAUGAUGUUACUAUUAACGAAUACGAACCUACUAGUACUACUACGCAGUUAAGAGUAAAAACACCAACGAUUCAAGACAGUUCUAUAUAAGUUAUCUAACCUUUUUUUUUUUUGAGUA